AUGGCAGCAAAGGCCCCGACAGACGACCUGAGCAAGCUCAGUGUACUGGAGCUCAUGUUUGACAAAGUCAACGAUGCUGCCGCCACCAACGGAAAGCCGGAUGCCAAAGUAGCCACCAACGGCAACCUGGCCGAGCACUCCGACGGCGAGUCCGACGACGACGCCGAGGACAACGCCCCUUCUGCCGGGGGUGAAGCUGCCAAGAAGAAGAAGAAGAAGAGAAAGCCCAAGAAGAAGAAGAAGGCGCCCACUGCCCAGACCGACCCGCCGAGCGUCCUUCUGUCGCAGCUGUUCCCCAACAACAGCUACCCUAAGGGCGAGGAGGUCGAGUAUGUCGACGAGAACAGGUACCGCACCACCAGCGAGGAGAAGCGCCACCUCGACAACCUCAACAACGACUUCCUGACCGAUUACCGCCACGCCGCCGAGACCCAUCGCCAGGUUCGCCAGUGGGCCCAGAAGAACAUCAAGCCUGGCCAGACGCUGACCGAGAUCGCCAAUGGCAUCGAGGACAGCGUCCGUCGCCUGGUUGGCCACGAUGGUCUGGCUGAGGGCGACGCCAUUGCGGCCGGCAUGGGUUUCCCUACCGGUCUGAACCUCGACCACAUCGCUGCCCACUACAGUCCCAACCUGGGCAACAAGACUGUGCUCCAGCAGAGCAACGUUAUGAAGGUGGAUAUUGGUGUGCAUGUCAACGGCAAGAUCGUGGACAGCGCCUUCACCAUGUCUUUCGAUCCCAUGUACGAUAACCUGCUCGAGGCCGUCAAGGCCGCCACCAACACCGGUGUCAAGGAGGCCGGCAUUGACGUCCGCUUGGGAGAGCUCGGUGGGCUGAUCCAGGAGACCAUGGAGAGCUACGAGUGCGAAAUCAACGGCACCACUUACCCGAUCAAGUCCAUCAGGAACUUGACGGGGCACACGAUCCUGCCGUACAGCAUCCACGGCACCAAGAGCGUGCCCAUCGUGAAGACCAACGACACCACCAAGAUGGAGGAAGGCGAUGUUUUCGCCAUUGAGACGUUUGGCAGCACUGGAACAGGCAAGGUCUGGGAUGAAGGAGAGGUCUCCCACUACGCCCUGAACGGCGACGCCCCGAAUGUCGACCUGCGUGUAGCUUCGGCCAAGCCGCUGUUGAACGUCAUUAAGAAGAACUUCGGUACCCUUCCCUUCUGCCGGAGAUAUCUGGAUAGGAUUGGGCAAGAGAAAUACUUGCUUGGGUUGAGCCACCUCGUGAAAACGGGUAUCGUUGAGGACUACCCUCCAUUGGUUGACAAGAAGGGCUCUUACACCGCCCAGUUUGAGCAUACUAUCUUGCUGCGGCCUACCGUAAAGGAGGUCAUCAGCCGUGGAGAUGACUACUAG